AUUGUAUAACUGCUGAGAAUUUCAUUGCAGCUAAGGAUGCAAUGAAUGGAUGUACUGUGUACAGCAACUCCAAAGAAUCCAUAAUUAAUCCUAUACACCGAGAAGUAACAAGUUAUUCGUGAAGCAACAUCCAUCACUAAGCAGUCAUGGCUGCUUUUAAGGAAUCUGAUAGAAAGAAGACCAAGCUAUCGUCGUCGGUGAUGAAGAUGAAAUUUAUGAUAAAGACAAGAGAAAGGGAAGAGGCUGCGGAGGCAUGGAAACUAGUGGAUGCUGAGACUGCUCUACAGGAUAGCUUGCAGGAGAGUAAGUUCAUCACAGAGCCAAGUUAUGCCGUGGUGGAGAAUCUGAGGUUUGGCCGUAUUUCCUUUAAAGGAUUCAAUCCGGAUGUUGAGAGGCUAAUGUUGAAACUUGAUAAUGAGGACCAGCUAAGUGCCUCAGAGGCCAGAGAAGAAUUGAGCGCUGUUUCUGACAAGGAAAUGACUCGAAGGUAUACUUCGCUCGUUGGGACGAUAGCGCAGAAGUUUCUUAAGAAACGAGCGCGAGCCACAGACGAGGAUACUGGGUCAGAUGAAGACAGUGACGGGCUUGCAGACGCUGAGCCAGAGUCACAAGUGGCAACAGUAGAAAAAACUAUAUCUCAGUCACGCCGGCAAAACCUCAAGAAGAAACCGAAAUUCAUGAAACCAGCAGACUGACGGUGACUAAUAUUAAAUUCAUACAGAUGAAGAGGUCUGUGGUUCGCAAGGAAUAUUUACUGUUAAUGUUAUGAAGGUGGAAACAAUAUCGGCCAUUUCCAAGGAUGACUAUUACCUGCUCUUCUGGCAUGUAUAAGUACUUGUUGGUAUAUUGAUGUUAUAGUGGAAUCGUCACACCUGUUACUUUUAAUGUUUCCUGCAAGUUGUCUUCACCAGAAAAGUUUGUAGUAAUAGUGUGUUCUCAAAUGGGAAACCCACAGUUCACAUGUCUGAAGGCUUUGAUCUUCAUAUAAGUACGCAAUGAUCCCUUGGGGUUUUGUCACGGAAUAUGAAUGUCUUCAUGGUGGAUGACAGAGGACGUAUGAGAAUACAGAAGGUUAUGAUGCGAUUGUGAGCAAGAAUCAAUUAUUCUGUUAUCACUGAUACUCUGGUGAGGGUAACUUAUACCUCAUGCAGUUUUUAUUUAUCCUGUAGGAAAUAUAUUGAGGCUCAGACAAUAAAAUUUCAAAUCUUCUAAUACUGC